AACCAACUAAUCACCCUUUCUCUCAACCAACUAAACCCUUUCUCUCUCUACAUGUCUUGGCAGCAUCUCCCAAUCCCUUUCUUUAUUGCUUUUAGUGAGUGUCGUAGGAGUAUAGUAGUAUCACUGCGAAUCUCGUUCCACGCAUGACGUAUCCUUACAAACUCAACGCAUAUCGAACAAACAGCUGCAGCCAACGCAUAUCGAACCGAGUUUUUCUUUCGAUAACUCUCGUGUCCGGAUUAACUUUCGCGCAUAUCAAAUCGAGUUUCUACAGCUACUCACAUGGCGCAAGAUAGCAUCCCUCCGACCGACCCAAGAAGCGGCUUCUCCAAAUCAAACUCCACCUUCUACAGCAAACGCAAACCCGUCCCUCUCCCUUCCAACGACUCCCUCGACGUCACCACCUUCAUCUCGUCACGUGCCCACCACGGUAACAUCGCCUUCGUCGACGCCUCCUCCGGCCGCCACCUCACCUUCUCCGACGUCUGGUCCGCUGUCGACUCCGUCUCCUCCUCCCUAUCCGCCAUGGGCGUCCGGAAAGGUCACGUCGUCCUCCUCCUCUCCCCAAACUCCAUCUUCUUCCCCAUCGUAUGCCUCUCCGUCAUCUCCAUCGGCGCCGUCAUCACCACCACUAAUCCCCUCAACACCACUCAAGAGAUUGCCAAGCAAAUCGCUGAUUCCAAACCCGUCCUCGCCUUCACCACUCCCCCACUGCUCUCCAAAAUAGCCGACUCAAACCUUCCAACCGUACUCAUCGGCGAGAAAUCUACCGCGAACGUUGUGACUACAUUGGAGGAUAUGAUGAAGGAAAAACCGAGUGAGAGCCGAGUCAAGGAGCGAGUGACUCAGAACGACACAGCGACUCUGCUUUACUCGUCGGGAACAACAGGGGCGAGUAAAGGCGUGAUUUCUUCGCAUAGAAACGUAAUCGCGAUGGUUCAAAACCUUUUGACAAGGUUAGACUCGGGAGGAAGACAACGAGUUUACAUCUGCACCGUCCCUAUGUUCCACAUCUAUGGCUUAGCAGUGUUUGCGAUAGGCCUACUAGCAUCCGGAACAACGGUUGUAAUUCUCUCGAGAUUCCAUAUGGACGAGAUGUUUUUUUCGAUGGAAAAAUAUCGUGUCACGGAUUUACCAGUGGUGCCGCCAAUUCUUGUGGCAAUGGUGAACGGUGCCGAUCAAAUAAAGCGGAAGUACGAUCUGGGGACUUUGCAUUCGGUUUUGUGCGGUGGAGCCCCGUUGAGUAGGGAGGUGAUUGAGGGUUUUUUGGAGAAGUAUCCGACGGUGGAGAUUCUUCAAGGGUAUGCGUUGACGGAAUCGACGGGAGUUGGGGCGUCGACGGAUUCGUUGGAGGAGAGUAGGAGGUACGGGACGGCGGGGUUGUUGUCGCAGAAUAUGGAGGCGAGGAUUGUUGAUCCGGAGAGUGGAGAGGCGUUGUCGGUUAGUCGGAGGGGUGAGCUUUGGCUUAGAGGUCCCGCCAUCAUGAAAGGUUAUUUCAAUAAUGCUGAAGCAACUGCAUCGAUACUAGAUGCAGAUGGAUGGUUGAGAACCGGAGAUUUGUGUUACAUCGAUGAUGAUGGUUUCGUUUUUGUAGUUGAUAGGUUGAAAGAACUCAUCAAAUACAAAGGAUAUCAGGUCCCGCCAGCAGAGCUAGAAGCUUUGUUGCUUACUCACCCAGAAAUUGUUGAUGCUGCUGUGAUACCGUUUCCUCAUAAGGAGGUCGGGCAGUAUCCCAUGGCAUAUGUGGUACGAAAAAAUGGAAGCAAUUUGUCUGAGAGCGCUGUCAUGGACUUUGUAGCUAAACAGGUUGCUCCCUAUAAGAGAAUUAGACGCGUGGCGUUUAUAGCUUCCAUCCCCAAGAAUCCCUCUGGCAAGAUACUUCGGAAGGACCUAAUAAAACUCGCAACUUCAAAGCUAUAGAAAUUGUUUCGUAAAUUAUAUGUUGGUUUGGUGAGAUUUGUGAAAUCAGUGGGAGUUGCGUUUGGCUCAAUCACAUUGCACUGUAUCUCAGAAGUCAGAACUGUGUUUUGCAAUAUAAGUUGUGCAAGCUUCUUUUAA